AUGGCUGUGGCAUGGGCUGGCAGCAUGGCUGGCAUGGCUGGGCUGGCAGGAGGCAUGGCUGGGCUGGCAGGGCACUGCUGCAGGGCUGGGCAGCAGGCUGGGCAAGGCCUUGGCAGUGGCAAGGCCUUGGCAGGCGGCUGGGGCAGCGGGCAGGUCGGCAGCAGGCUGGACAGGGCGCUGGGCACGGCAGCAGGGCGGCCAGAGGCUGGGCACAGGCUGGCAGGGCGCCUGGGCACAGGGCUGGGCCGGCAGGGCGCUGGGGCGCUGUGGCAGGGCGCUGGGGCGCGGCAGGGGGCGUGCCAGGGCGCUGGCAGGGCGGCCUGGGGGCUGUGGCAGGGCGGCAGGCAAGGUCUUUGGCAUGGCUGUGGCAUGGCUGUGGCAUGGGCUGGCAGCAUGGCUGGCAGGGCUGUCAUGGGCUGGCCAGGAGGCAUGGCUGGGCUGGCAGGGCACUGCUGCAGGGCUGGGGCAGCAGGCUGGGCAAGGCCUUGGCAGUGGCAAGGCCUUGGCAAGGCGGCUGGGGCAGCUGGCAGGUCGGCAGCAGGCUGGACAGGGCGCUGGGCACGGCAGCAGGGCGGCCAGAGGCUGGGCACAGGCUGGCAGGGCGCCUGGGCACAGGGCUGGGCGGCAGGGGCGCUGGGGGCGCUGUGGCAGGCGCUGGGCGGCGCGGCAGGGGGCGUGCCCCAG